AUGGCGAAAGAAUUUAAGACACAAACGGCAGUGAGCGUUGAGUUGGAAACGCUAUGGCAAGCUCUGUCCAAGGAUUUGGCAACCAUUGCUCCAAACGUAAACCCUCAGCUUGUCAAAGACGUUCAAGUGAUUGAAGGAGAUGGAGGCGUCGGCACAAUCCUUCUCUUCACUCUUUGUCCCCGUGCAUCCACUGUAGGUUAUCAGAAAGAGAGAAUUUCAGAACUUGACGUGGUUUCACAUGAGAUUGGGAUCGAGGUGGUUGAAGGUGGCUAUCUGAAUCGAGGUUUCUCCUACUUCAAGACAAUGUUUCAGCUAUCUGCAAAACCAUCAGAGGAUCAAACUCUGGUCAAUGUGAAGAUUUAUUAUGAAUCUGAAAGUGAAGAAAUCAGCGAGCAAAUUAAGGCAGCGGAAUCUACUUAUUUAAGCUUCUUCAAGAAGCUGGAAAAAUAUCUGCUCAAUGGUGCUUGA